AUGGAAGCCGAUGUGUGUUCUUUGUAUCGUUGCAGUGUGUUCAUUACCGAUGGGGAUCCUCAGCCAGGAGCAUUGGUUGGACGUAUGUCAUUUCAGUCUUUUAAUCCUUCUAUCGAGAAACUGAACGAAGAGGCAUUAAACGGUCAAAGAACAGAUGGUUUCAUUGCAAGUUGUAGCAGUAAAGAAGCAAAAAUGUCUUUAAGGAAAAUUCAUCUACCCAAGGGUACUCAUUGCCCUCAGCUUCUGAGUAAGGAGGCCUAA